AAAUAUAGGACUCGAUUCCGUUUUACUUUAGUCUUCAUCCUUUGAUAUAAAAGUGGGUAGUAAAGAAGUUUAUUGGCCUGGCAAAAUAUAAAAGAAAUUUGUUAGAAUCUCUUCAAGAAAAUUACGAAAAUAAUUUGAGCAGAGGAAAGAUUUUUGUAAGAUUAAGCAUGGAUGCAGACCUUAAGGAGACCAAAACUAGUGGCAACCUUUUUGAUCCUACGCCGCAAAUGCGGGAAGCAAAAAAUCUUCAAAUCUUUAAUAUAAAUGGAAAAGGCUUCCUGAAAAUGGAACUAAACAGUGAUGGGGGAUUUACGGUGACGGCUACAGGGACAGUCAACGACCCUUAUGCAAAAUGGACAAUUCACUAUUUGGCUUCUGUGAAUGAGUCAUGUCAGGAGACAUUUAUUGAGAAUGAGAAAUGUUCUGAAGACCAGGGCUCUCCGUGCGUUUUGCAUACAAAGAAAUUAGCCGAAUCCGAGGAUUUUAUUCUGAAUGGAUCAAAAAUUGACAGAAUACCUGCUUAUCUUGAGAAAGAUCAUCAUUCUAUUGGAUUUCGCAAAUGUGCAAAAGCGUGGGGAAGCAAAAUAAUGCGUUUCUCGUCUUUGUAUGACACUGAUGAAAAGCCAUUGUACAUUGGAUUUGACAAGCAAGGCCAUUCUAUUCCUCUUAAUAAAGUUAAUCCACAUUCGCCAGAUUUUCAGUCGUUAUUUGAAAUACAGUAAACUCAGCCAUCGAUUUUCUACUUUGCACACGUAUACGCACAAAUCGUUAUAAUUCUUUUUUAUAAUAUGCACAUAAUUAACAUAUUUAAUGAUCGAUGAAUUUCGUUGUUCUUUAUAAUUUUUAAUUGUAUUUUAUUCACAUUUGAAUACAAUUUUAGAGUCAAAAACUGUUUCCAUAUCAAUUAAUUUCUGUGUUCGCUAAUAAACGAAGUUAAAAUUUGAGCCAAUAGAUACUAAAAAGAAAAAUAAUUUAUAUCUCGUUGUAUAAACCUUAUGUAGUUUUAAAAUACAUAUGUAGCCGUACAA